AUGGAUCCUGAAUACGUUAAUCGUAUUCAACCACCACCUAUUCCUCCUGUUAUCACCGCCAUUGACCUUUUGCCAGCGAGAGCUUCGAUGCGUGCUACAGACAUUAAUCAUCUUAAAAUAAAAUACUUCAACGGAGAAAAGGCAUAUUAUGUAGCUUGUAAAAGACAAAGAGACUUGCAGGGACUUGGUUCCUUGCCUCAAACUAUUGUAUCCCUCACAGCAAGCAAACUAUGGAAUUCCGAGCCCAAAAAUGUCAAGCAAGCAUAUAUUGAUAUGGCGCAACAAGCCUAUGAAACAUAUCAGCAAAGAUAUAUCGCAUUAUAUCAAAGGAGAAUUUAA